AUGUCUCUGAUAUCUACCGUGGACGACCACACGCAGGACACUGCGAGUGUCGCCAGUGGUUCCAGUGCCACUAAGAAGAAGUACAACCCAAAGGUUUACCAUGACGACAACCAGCCGCUGAGCAAGGAGGCGAUGUACCGUGCGAAGCUGAAGUACGGCGUGUACAACUCACCUAUCUCCGGGGGUGUUGGUGUCGGCGUUACUGACUACAAGGCCGCUACGAACAAGGCUGCGAAUGUUGCGAACGAUAACCAGACCACAGUGGAGGCGUACCGCCGGCUGUACGUCGACCAGGGCGCCGCCUCGGCGGCGCUGAAGGUCGGGACGGAGCCCGUGCGGGAGAAGCCCGACGUGCACGCGGAGAAGUUCAAGCAGAACCGCGCGCUGAACCUGAACUACACGUCUGCCGCUGCGAAGGCGCUGUCUGUCGGCACCGAGAAGCUGUUCACGGCGUCUGAGGAGGCGCGCCACGCGGGGCAGAAGACCUACAGUAUUGUGUCGCAGGUCUCCGCCGCCAGCACCUCGCGCGCUAUGGACAUGUCUAAGGUGCUGAAGGGUGCCGAGCGCAAGGCCGAGUCCCGUCUGAAGGAGCGCAGUGAGCCCGAGCGCAAGGAGUACGUGAAGAGCUACUCGAUGACCGCGGGUGCCGCCGCUGACUACGGUGCCGCCGGUGGUGCUGCGGGUGCUGCUGGCGCUGCUGGUGCGGCCUCGCGCAGCAUCGACCUGAACUCCGAUGUUAUGGCGCGUGUGGCCAAGCGCUCUGAGCUGCCACCCAAGCAGGAGGGCCCUACCGAGAAGGAGAGGAACGCCGCCAAGUUUGCGCUGGGUGCUGCUACUGCGGUGAAGGACCUGGACCCCAAGAGCAUGCUGCCUGAGGACUUCGCUGCGCGCGAGCAGCAGAGGCAGGAGUUUGUGAGACACAUGACGUCCCAGAAGGUUCUGUCUAUGGCGCGCGAGAAGGUUGACCGCGAGAUGGCCUCCAUUGACAAGCAGCAGGCUGAGCGUCGUCUGUACGACAACGACUCGUACAACCGUGCUGCGGUGGCCAUUGCCCAGCAGAACUACCAGAACAAGCUGAAUGCGCAAUCCGAGAAGGCCGGCAAGAUCAACAUUGGUGGUGGUCUGUUCUUGACGCCACAGGAGGUCGACAACAUUGCGCAUGGCUUGAUCUCGCCUGUGCUGGGUGAGGUCUCUGAGCGUGCAGAAGCUCAGCGUGCUGCCGACACUGAGAUUGCCACGCGUAUUGCCACUUACGAGAAGGACUUGUCCAACUGGAAGAACUUGCAACGCACCAAGCAGACUAACGACAAGAACGUUUUGGAAGUUAACAGCAAGCGUAUUGCUCUGGAGAAGCAGGAGGCCAAAGAUGCCGCUCAGAAGAAGUACGAUGAGAUGAUCAAGAAGAUGGACGAGACCGUUGCCGAGAAGAAGAAGCAAUUGGAAGCCGCAAAGCAGAGACUAGAGGACUUGCAAGAGGAGAUGAACAUGAAGCUCGGUAUGCAAGACCAGAAAGUCGAGGAGGAGUUGCAAAAAUGGGACGAGAACCGUGAAAAGGAUAUCGAGGCCGCUCGUUUGGAACAAGAAGAGCUAGUGAAGCCAUUCCAGGACGAACUGGACGAGGCUGAGAAGCAACACGAGGAAUUCCUGAAGGAGCGUGAUGGCAUCGAUACCGAGAUCACCGGUUUGCAAGAGGCCAUUGAGGGUCACAAGAAGAAGAUUGAAAUCUACGAAGGUGAUAUCCGUGCUCAUGACAAUAUGCAUGUCGAAGAAGGUGGUAAACUGGAGAACUUGGGACAAAACAAGGAAACCUUGGCAAACACCUUGAACAACGACAUCAUUAUUCUUGCCAAUAAGACCAAAGAACAAGCUGAGUUGUCUACCAAGCAAGCCAGAUUAAAGCAACUUGAAGUUGAUGCCAUGGUCAAUGAAAGAAAGAGUGAACUAAAUCAAACAGAAAUUCAAUUGAAGAAGGAGAAGUUACAAUUGCUAGAAUCCAUGAGAAACAAAGCCCAAGCCCGUGGUGAUGAAAAGAUCGACGAAGAGAAGGUCAAGGGAUUGUUUGGUAUGACAUCUGAAGAAUAUUUGGCAAAGCAUGCUCCAAAGAAGGAAGAGCCAGCGGAAGAAAAGUUGGAGACAGUCGCCGAGGAAGCUUCUGCAAUGAAGAAAGAGAAGCCAACUGCGGCUGCCGCCACUACUGCUGCCGCUGCCGCUGCCACUACACCAAAGAAGCCUGCAUCUGCUCCUCGUGCCGCCCCUGCUGCUGCCUCUCCUAAAUCUGAAAAGAAGCGUAAGGGCUCUGUUUUUGAUAAGUUUUUCUUGGGACCAAGAAAGGCCCACAUGAUUGAAGAAACAAGAACAAACCAGAAGGUAGCUGAAGAAAAGGCCAAAAUGGACUCAGUUAGUAAACCUCACUUGGUCUCUACGACAAACGAACAUGCUAAGCCACACGCUGCUGCUACGGAGGAGGCUCCAAAGAAGGUCGAUGCUCCAAAGCCUGCCACUGAGGUAAAGUCGUCUGAAGCUGCUGAAGAUGAGGAAAAUAAGCUUGAGCACACAUUCAGUGGGUUUUCCCAAGGAUCUGUAGCUGAUGAUAAGGGUACAACUAGUGGUGCUCAUUCUGAAACCAAAAAGGAUGGUUAUUUCAAAGAAGUCUUUUGA